GCAAAAUAUCAUUUUUCACUUUCAGUUCAAGAAGCCUGGAAAUCAGUUUGUGUAAUAGCUUGCUGGCAUAUAUCCACUAUAGAAACGUCUCAGCCAAGAUGAUAAGGAGGCGAGGUCUUGCUUUGCAUGCACAGCUUGCCAGUAGCAGCUGAUAUGAAUUGGUCUUCCCCAGCAGCCUGGAGAGCUUGCAUACAGCAAUCUCAGUAACAGGAAAUUUCAUAAGUACGUGGCUGCCUCUAGCGAAUGCAUCGUUGGUCACAGCUGGCUAAAUGUCUCAGUAUUAUAAAGGGAAAGGUGCCGACCAAAUGCCACGGAGUAGAGGGAACUUUAUUCAAUGGCUUAAAAUGCAGUCUGGAAAGUAGACUAAUACUUCAUAUUUUACAGCACUGGAUUAUUACAGAGAAUCUACUUCACAUACACAUGGAUAUUCACAACAGAAGCAGCAUACAGACAUCGCUCUUUCAUUUCUGAUUUACCUAAAGGUAAAACAUGGUGAGUAAGGAACCAAGUAAAUGCCAACUCACAAGUAAGGAAAAUGAAACUGAGCAAGAGGCAUCACCAGCAUUGGAAAUGAAAUAUGCUCUGGAUCCAAAUAGGCAGAUUAGAAAAAGGAAUAAAGCAUUACAGGUGAGAUUUAAAGAUAUCCGUGAGGCUCAGAAUGAACAGGAGAAGAGACUUGCUGCAACACAGCAAAUGGACCAAAAAACGAUGAAAGCUAUUUCUUAUAAGGCAGCUUAUCGCAAAUACAUGACAGUGCCUGCACGAAGGUCAAUUCCAAAUGUUACCAGAAGCACAGGUGUGCAAACAUCACCUGACCUCAAGAAACGCUAUCAGACAUUCCCUUUGGAAAGGAAGAAAGUAAAUGUCAUUAAAAUUGCCCCCACUUUAGAAACAUUCAGGCGACAAAACAAUGGUUUGGCAUUUGAAAUUAAAGAUAAUAACCUCAAUAAAGACUUCGGAGCACGUACCAUAAGUAGUACAAAGAAAAGCAGUCAGAAGAGUCCGGAUACCAGCAAACUGAAUGAACAAGCCGGCAGUGUGAGAUUGGAUGCUUCCAGCAACAAAGACCAAGAAAUACACAGUUGCACUGAAGACUCACUUCAAAUAGUAAAUUUGACAGAUUCUAACCCACCUGAGGAAAAUUACCAACAGUGCAAUAUAACAACAUAUGAUCAGGUGUCUUCAAGAAAUCAGAAAUGUAAUCAAACUGAGCUGCAACUAACAGAUUUCACUUCCUUCCAUUUAACAGAAAGCAACUGUGAACUUACUCAGUCUGAUCCCUCAACUCCCUUUACACAGGACUCCUCAGAAAAUGUGGCGACCUGCGAAGUGCAUGAAAGAACUUUGCACCCAGCCAGUCAGCAACCUAAAUCGGUGUAUGGUCAACUCUGUUCAGUACAGUCUCCACAAAAGGAAGAGCUCUCCGAAUCCACUGUGUCAAACAUUGCACCUAGAGAUGAAGAUCAGUCUAAUCAAACAGCAGUAUCAGUAAUGGAGUCAGAUCAACAAAUUGUACCUCUUACAGAACCUGUGGAUCUGAAAUCUCAGCUGCAAAUAAUGGAAAAUCUGAUCAGUUCCAGUCAGGAAACCAUUAAGGUGUUGCUUGGGGUUAUUCAAGAAUUAGAGAAAGGCGAAGCCCUCAGAGAAGGUCUUUCCUACAGAACGGGACAAGAUACUGCAAACUGUGACACCUGUCGAAACAGCGCAUGCAUUAUUUAUAGUGUUGAACUGGAUUUCAAGCAACAAGAAGACAAGUUUCAACCCAUUAUGAGAAAACUCCAUUCUACCGAAGAAACUCAGGUUUCAACCCUGCCUUACACACAAGAAUUUUGUUCAUCUGCCUAUCAAAAGCAAAAGCCUAACAAGACUGAAUCAAAAAAGCAUGGGAAAUGGAAACUAUGGUUUCUUUAACAAAACCUAUUAAGAUUUCUAAAUGUUAAUUUAGUUCAUUUGAAGUGAUCACUUUUUUUGAGUGGUUUGAAAAUUGAGCUGAAUAUUGAAUUACCAGAAGUUUAAAAUCAGCAUCAGUCAAUUCAAGGCAGCAUUCAGCCCAAUCAUGCAAUGUUGAGAAUUUUACUACAAUGCAUGAUAACAAAACUACGUUUUAAAUUUUUUUAUUUACAGUUGAGUUAGAGUUACAAAUAUGAAGUAUCAAUUCCAAUGUAUACAUUCAAUAAUUAUUUGUAUUAACCAAUUAAGUGUUAUGGUUUGACCUGUUAACGCCAUUUCAUGUUCUGCCAGUCAGCAAGAUAUUCUAAUGCCUUCUUCUAUUAAAUAACACUGCAGAAAAUUACAGAAAGCUGUACUUUUACAGGAAUUUCAUACUUUAAGUUAAAGGCAUGAAAUUAACACGUUCAAGCUGACGGCAGAUUCGGGAGGAAGAGCACAAUCUUCAAAUAGGUAUGCCAGGAUAAAUAUUAACAAUGCUUCUCAGAAAGCUUUACAUGCCAAAAGAUAGCCCAGUAAAUCUGCUUCUAAAAUAGAAUCAUACCUAACAUUAAUACUGUGUAAUGUUUUACCAAAUCAUUUUUAUGUACUCUUCAUGUAAAAAAUAUGAAUUGUACUCUUAUGCAUAAGCAAUGAUGCAUCUUUAAGCAUUUCCAUUUGACAGCUCUGGCACAGAGUAUAUUUUUCUUCAUUAAGAAUAUUUUUAUGUAAUAGCAUUCAAAAACUAAACCAAAUGGAAAUAUCAACCACAAGUAAAUGCAUUAUUUUUAACAGGGCAAGGGAAGAAGUAAUAGCAACCACAGUAAAGGCUUUU